AUGUCUGCUCUUCGAAUGUCUCUUCGAGUUGCUCGAGUCGCCCGUGUGGCUCGAGUUGGUGUUCGAUUCAACUCCACCGCCGCCCCCGUGGACCCCAAGAUCACCGCUAUUGUCGACCAGAUUGCCCAGCUCAACCUGCUGGAAACCUCGUCUCUGGUGACCGAGCUCAAGAGCCGACUCAACAUUCCCGAUAUCUCUUUCCCCGCCGCCGGAGCCGCCCCCGCCGCUGCACCUGCCGCUGCUGCCGAGGAGGCCGCCCCCGAGCCCGUCGAGGAGAAGACCAUCUUCAACAUCAAGCUGGAGUCAUACGAUGCCAAGGCCAAGCCUAAGGUGAUCAAGGAGAUCAAGACCCUGCUCGGUCUGUCUCUGGUCGACGCCAAGAAGAUUGUUGACGCCGCCCCCAAGAUGGUCAAGGAGUCCGUCCCCAAGGAGGAUGCCGACAAGAUCAAAAAGGUGCUUGAGGAUCUCGGCGCCAAGAUUACUCUUGAGUAA